AUGAUUAAACAACAGCAACUUAAGGCGCAAAGCGCCCAGGUCCUUCAGACCAUUACAUACGCCAUAUAUGCAUAUAAUUCAAAGACGGCAGAACAAACGCAAAGGUUGAAAUAUGGAGAUUUGGAGAUAGUAUUGAAAAAUGACCAUUUCGAAUUCGUUUGCAAAGGUGGUGCAGUGAUAUCAAAUAUAAAAGAAAUUUUAUUUAUGAAUUCAAAAAUUAAAGGAAUAACGGAUGAUAUAACAUCAAUUCCACCAGAAGAACAGAGAUAUUACGCAUUAAAUGCAUUUCCUAAAGUUUUGAAGAUUGGAAGAUUUAAUUUAAAUGAGGAAUUCAUAGAAGGUUUCCUAAACGACAUAAUGAAGAAGGUGGAUAAGGAAUAUGUGGAUAGUGAAUUAAAUAAGAAGGCAAAUUUGGUUUAUGUUGAUGAAAAAGAUAAUGAAAUUAAAGAAAAGGUUGAAUGGUAUCAUGAAUGGACAUCGGAGACUUUUAAAGUUAAAGCUGAUACAGGAUGGGUUUCAGGAUGUUUAGACCUUAAAGCAGAUAAAACUUAUGUUGAUGAAAAUUAUGCAAAGAAGUCGGAAGUAAAUGAUGUGAUUACAAGCAUGAAAAAUGAAAUACUUCAAACAUUAUAUCCUGUUGGUUCUAUUUAUACGUCAAUGAACUCAACAAAUCCCGCAACAGUUCUGGGUUUUGGUACGUGGAAGCAGAUUGUAGACAAAUUCUUAUACUGUGCUAACCAUUUAAAGCAAGCCGGUGGUUCAAAGAAAAUUAAAGAAGCAAACCUUCCACCGCACACUCAUACAGGAACUACAAACUUUUCUGGCGACCAUAGCCACUCAUUAAGAGACCACCCAUUAUACAACUCAGACUAUAAAGCUGGCAAUGACGUUUUAUCUCCAUCUUAUAACAAUUCAGCAAAAAAGACUUUUCGACAAACUGAACCAGGAGGAAAUCAUGUCCAUACUUUCACAACAAAUCCAACAGGCUUGGGUAAAGAUUACAUGCCACCAUUUGUGACUGUAUUUGCAUGGUACCGAAUGAACUAA